UACCAGGAAACUGAAGAUCCCCGAGGACUCUGCAGCCGACUCCACAACUUUUAUAGUCAGUGGCUGAGGUUAGAAAAGCACAGUAAAACCCAAAUGGGGGACUUGGUUGUCCUGGAGCAGCUGCUGGCCUUUCUGCCCCCACAGAUGGAAAACUGGUGGCGGGAGUGUGGAGCAGAGACCAGCUCCCAAGCAGUGGCCCUGGCGGAAAGCUUCCUCAUGAGUCAGGCAGAGGAGCAGAAGGAGCAAGUCGAAUUGCAGUCUUUCCCUCUGCAGACCAGAGAUCCUAUGAGAAUCAGGAAUCCAUCAAAUCCCACUCAAGAGCUAUUUUUCAGGAGGAUCUAUCAGGAAUCCGCAAGUCAGGAUAUCUCAGAUGGGAAGAAUAGAACGAAUUUGACUCCUUUUUAUGGUGGUGCUGAAAGAGUGGUUGAAGCUGCAACUCAAGUAAGAGAGGAGGGUCUUGUGUCCUUUGAGGAGGUGGCUGUGUAUUUUUCCGAUGAGGAGUGGUCUCAGCUGGAUGCUGACCAAAAAGCCCUAUAUUGGGAAGUCAUGCUGGAAAAUCAUAGGAACGUGGCCUCUUUGGGUAAGAAUAUGCUACUCCCCAGUCCGAGUGUUUGGGAAGACUUUCUGUAAUUAGA